UGCUGAUCUUUAGCGAGGCCAUUAGCUGUUUUCUGGAAAUGUCUCUUUAUUUUCACAGCUGAAGUCAACCAAGUAUCCAAAUGCCAAGAACUCAGUCUGUUCUUCAUGUUUGGAGCUGGUACAGCAUAAGCUGCUUUCUCACGGGCUGAUCCUGUCCUCGCAUCAACCAUGAAUUGGGUGUCGUUUUAUGCUGUGAUCAGCGGUGUGAACAGGCAUUCGACCGGCAUCGGCCGCAUCUGGCUGUCGGUCAUCUUCAUCUUCCGUAUCAUGGUGCUGGUGGUGGCGGCCGAGAGCGUGUGGGGAGACGAGAAGUCCGGCUUCACCUGCAACACCCAGCAGCCCGGCUGCAACAGCGUGUGCUACGACCAGUUCUUCCCCAUCUCGCACAUCCGCAUCUGGGCUCUGCAGCUCAUCCUGGUGUCCACGCCGGCCCUGCUGGUGGCCAUGCACAUCGCGCACCGCCGGCACAUCGAGAAAAAGAUCCUCAAGAUAUCCGGUCGGGGGAGCGCCAAGGACUUCGAGAACAUCAAGAGCCAGAAGUUCAAGAUCACCGGUGCGCUCUGGUGGACUUACAUGAUCAGCAUCAUCUUCCGCAUCAUUUUCGAGGUGGUGUUCUUGUACAUUUUUUACAUAAUCUAUCCGGACAUCAAGAUGGUUCGUCUCGUGAAGUGUGACUCCUACCCCUGUCCGAAUACGGUGGACUGUUUCGUGUCCCGUCCUACGGAGAAGACCAUUUUUACUAUCUUCAUGCUGGCCGUGUCUGGAAUCUGUGUCUUGUUGAACAUCGCAGAGGUUAUGUACUUAAUAGGCCGGGCGUGUAUGAAAUAUUUUCAAGGAGCGGUAGGUGAACCUAAAGCGCCUUGGCUCGCUCAAAAACUGGCCACCUACAAGCAGAACGAAAUAAAUCAGCUGAUAUCAGAGCAUUCGUUCAAACCGAGAUUCAACGUUGGGCGAAAGCCUCCCACGGACAGGAGCGAACGCUGCUCUGCUUUCUAGACAGAGCUUUCUACCAACUAUCAGUAAUUAAUGGAAUGUGGAUGUCUGUAAUCAUAUUAAUCAGGUGUCAUACUUUGUUACUUUCGUUUAAUGGCCUCUCUACAUGCGAGGAGUGAUCAUGGGGAAAAAUAUGCUGGAGAACCGUCAACACGUUUGAAGUGGCACAAGUGUCCAUCUCGUUUCAAAAAAGCAGAGUAGAUCAGAGCAAUAACUGGGUUUCACACUAGACAUUCAUGGGUGAGCAAACACUGGCGAGUGUAAACGGUUGGUCUUUUGCUUCUGUACUAAACGUUGGUAAACUCUGGCCAACUGAGGGUCUCUACAUCACAAAUUGACCUUUUGUCUCAAUAGAAAAACAAAACCUUUUAAUGUAUGUUAAUGACAACUAUUUAUUGAAAACAAAAGCCCUCAACCAUAAAACAAGCCAUUUGGAAAUGGAUGGAUAGAUGAAAACAGAAGCCAAAAACAGAAAACAGAAGCAUUAUUGUUGAUAUUUUGAGCAUCUGAUAUAAUUUUGCAGUAUGAUCGCCCCUUAAAGGAGAAGUCCACUUCCAGAACAAACAUUUACAGAUAAUGUACUCACCCCCUUGUCAUCCAAGAUGUUCAUGUCUUUCUGUCUUCAGUUGAUAAGAAAUUAUGCUUCUUGAGGAAUUUUUCUCCACAUAGUGGACUUCAGUGGUGCCCCCAAGUUUGAACUUCCAAAAUGCAGUUUAAAUGCGGCUUCAAAUGGCUCUAAACGAUCCCAGCUGUAGAAGAAGGGUCUUAUCUAGAAAAACGAUGGUCAUUUUUUAAACAAAUUGACAAUUUAUAAACCUCAUUAUUAACCUCAAAUGCUUGUCUUGUCCAAGUCUGAGUGAACUUUUUUUCCAGUUCAACACAAUGCAGUUCAAUGCAGUUUAGGUUGUCGAAAAACUCCCAUCUCCUUUUCUUUCCCUACUUCCUACAUCCCUGCAGAAGUACCGACCCAGUGUUCACAAAGUGAACGUGCAGUGAAGAACAAAUGCCCUUCACAAAAAAAGGUAAAACAGCGAUGUAGGACGAUUUUGACGUUGAAGAAGAAAACGAGAUGGGAGUUUUUCGACAUACACAUACACACAACUGUACUGACCCAGAUUACAUAGACUACAUGUGUGCAUCACAGAGACGAGACAAGACAAGCGUUGGAGGUUAAAAUUAAAUAAACUGUCAAUUUCCGAUCGUUUCGCUAGACAAGACCCUUCUUCCUCGACUGGGAUCAUUUAGAGCCAUUUAAAGUUGCAUUUAAACUACAUUUUGGAAGUUCAAACUUCGGGGCACCAAUGAAGUCCACAAUUGAAGCAUAAUUUCUUAUCAACUGAAGAAAGAAAGACACGAACAUCUUGGAUGACAAUGAGAGAAGUAAAUUAUCUGUAAAUUUUUGUUCUGGAAGUGGACUUCUCCUUUAAGAAUGCUACAUUCACAAAAUAUUGAUUUUUGAUUGUGUUUAUUUGAACUACAAAUUCCAACAAAAUUUCCAACAAUUUUCUGGCUUUGAAGUUAAUCAAAAUGCCCAUUCGCAUGUUUCAGUAAAGAUCCAUUUUCAUUUUAUUUUAACAUGUAAAUGAUUUGUGAAAAGGUUUUUCUGUUAGAAUUUCUCAUUUUAGUUAGAUGUGUGGAUCUAAUGAAAGUUUAUUUAAAGGUAAUUUUCUUCAUUUUUCUGUCUCAAAACAAGCACAUAUUUAUUAAAAGACAAAACAGACUUGAGGCUGCAUUGUUUUUAUUUGAUUGUAAAUGCUUCUUUGUUCUCACAAUGUAAAUUUGUACUAGCAAUCACAGCCUUAUCUAACACAUUUCAGGAGCCAUACAAUCACAUAUAACUGACCGUCCGUCCUGCUCUAGUAUGACUGGGAAAUAAUAUUAUCUUAGCAGGACUUUGUUGAAUUCAUUGAUGCAGCUUUUUGCUUGCAAUAUCAACUUUGUCAUUAAAGAAAUGCAUUAUAUUGCACAUACCGUAAUGCAAUUUUAAAUCAUUUUAAUUUCUCAAUAUGUCCAUGCAUUUCAAUCAUGAUUUUUUUCCUCCCAUUUCAGUAAAGGGGUUAGUUAAGUAUGGAAGCCCAUUUCCCCCACUGAAUAAAAUUUUUUAAAAGGUAAUUCCGAAAAAAAAAAUUCUCAGAAUUGCAUGAUACAAACUCGCAAUUCUUUUUUUUUUUUUCUCAGAAUUUUGAGAUAUAAACUCGCAAUUGAGAGUUAUAAAGUCAAAAUUGCAAAAUAAAAACGAAUUUUGACUUUUUAUCGCAACUGUAACUUAUAAAGUCCAAUUUUAAAGGGGGAAUAAAGACAUGUAUUCUCACAAUUCUGCCUUAAGUCACAGCUGCGUGUUACAAAGUCAGAAUUGCAAGUUAUAAACCUUAGAAUUCUGAGGAAAGAAAGUUACAAUUGCGAGAUAUAAACUCGCAAUUCUGAGAAAAAAAGCAAUUCUGACUUUAUAACUCGAAAUUGUGAGUUUAUAUCUCAUAAUUCUGAGAAAAAAGUCAGAAUUGCGAGAUAAAAAGUCGCAAUUACCUUUUUUUAUGUUUUAUUCAGUAGCGGAAACAGGCUUCCAUAGUUAAGAGAUGUAUUAAUGUUGUAAAACCUUUUCUAAAGGCUUCACAUACUGAAAAAGAAAGCUGUUUUAUAUUGCAGUCUAAACCAGGGGUACUCAACCCUGUUCCUGGAGAUCGACCUUCUUGCAGAGUUUAGUUCGAACUCUAAUCAAACACACCUGUCUGUAAUUAUCAAGUGCUCCUUCAGAUCCUAAUUAGCUGGUUCAGGUGUGUUUGGUCAGGGUUGGAGCUGAACUCUGCAGGAAAGUCGAUCUCCAGGACCAGGGAUGAGCACCCCUGGUCUAAACAUUAGGAAAGUGACAUUUUUGACAUUAUUCAGGUCAGUAUGUUCCAAACACCCUUUGGUGCUUAUGACUGCUAUCAGUGAUGGUUCAAAUGUGUGUAGACCUUUAAAUCAUGUGUUUAUAGCAGUGCUCAUGGAUCAGCUCAGGACUAUGUCAUUGCCA